AUGUCGACCGGGACUCAAUUAUGGAGGCAUUGUUCUCGAAAUAUACUCUCGUUACAAGCUAGAGUUCCCCGAAGCAGCGUUAUCACAGCUGCACUACGAAGAAGAUACAGCAGCAUCUCCGCCGCAGAGCUCCAGUUCGGUCAACCAUUGCACGAAACGCACCCUCACCUAUUAAAAGCCGGAGAAUUGACACCCGGCAUUACCGCGCUCGAAUAUGAUCACCGCCGCUCAAAACUUGCCUCCAAACUACCCAAGAACGCCGUCGCCAUCGUUCGCGCUGCGGAGUUGAAGUAUAAAUCGAAGAAUGUGUUUUACAAGUACCAUCAAGAUACGGAUUUCUUUUAUUUGACUGGAUUUAAUGAGCCUGGAGCUCUAGCUAUUAUAGCAAAUACCGGCCAACCAGGCGAACAUACCUUCUACCUCUACGUUCGGGAAAAGGACACACGAGCAGAGCUAUGGGAGGGAGCAAGGUCAGGGACACAGGCAGCCAUGGAUGUAUUCAAUGCAGAUGAGUCCGGCAACAUCGAUCAUCUUCGAGACUACCUACCAGAUAUCCUAUCCGGCGCAUCGGAGAUAUACACUGAUAUCAGUGCCGGAAAAGGACGUUCAGCCUUCUCCCGCUUGCUAUCCAGCUUCACAGAUUCUUCUAGUUCGACUGGUGAUGCAAGAGAUCAAGCCAUGGAGAAGAUCAGACCGUUGGCUCCGAUAGUUAACGAACUCCGCGUAUUCAAGAGUGAUGCUGAGAUUGCCAAUAUGAGACAUGCAGGACGUGUGACUGGUCGAGCAUUUACUGAAUCCAUGCGCCAUGGUUUUGGCACUGAGAGCGAGCUUGAUGCCUUUUUGGAGUAUCAGUUCCGUCGUCAGGGAGGCGAUGGGACAGCGUUCGUGCCUGUUGUUGCUGGCGGAUCGAACGCGCUAAGUAUACAUUAUGUUAGGAAUGAUAAUGUUUUACGUGACGGGGAAUUGGUUCUGGUUGAUGGCGGUGCACAAUAUGCAGGAUACAUCUCGGACGUGACGAGAGUAUGGCCGGUGAACGGCAAGUUCACUCCCGCGCAAAAGGAACUGUACACUGCCGUCUUGAAUGUACAGCGGUCAUGCAUAUCUCUGUGUCGCGAGUCGGCCGGCCUAUCGCUCGACAAGCUCCAUGAUAUAGCUGAGCGAAGUCUCCGAGAACAGCUCAGCUCCAUCGGCCUUAAUACCUCUGGCGGCGCCAUGCAAACGCUGUUCCCUCACCAUGUAGGCCACCAUAUCGGUCUCAGCGUGCACGACUGUGGUGGCUACUCAAGACGAGAAAUGCUGCGCAAAGGCCAGUGUAUCACCAUCGAACCGGGCGUCUACGUACCGAACGAUGACCGCUGGCCCGAGAAGUUCCGUGGCGUCGGCAUUAGGAUAGAGGAUAGUAUAUGCGUGGGAGACGACAACCCCAUCGUCCUGUCUCCUGAGGCUGUCAAAGAGGUAUGA